ACUGACAUGUUGUUAUGAUCUCAGACCGGUUUCACCCGGCGGAGGUGGCGGAGUGUCAGCAUGCGGUGUCCGGGGGCUCGGCUCCUGCUACCCCAGCGGGCCUGGGAACAGGGUGACUCCUGGAAUGAAGCGCACUGUCAUUUAUCAUCCAGCAGGGGGAGACUGUGAGCCUCCCAUCAGGCCCCAGCACCCCCACAGAUUCCGCUCCCCCAGAGCUUCAAUCCAUCAUGGCAGGGAUGGCAGCGGAGGAAAGUGGCACCUUGCAGUGUGGCAUCACGCCACUGCAGCAAAUUCUGGCCUCGGGGACCGGAGCUCUCCUCACCUCUCUAUUCGUGACCCCCCUGGAUGUUGUGAAGAUCAGGCUACAGUCACAGAAGAAGCCAUUCCACAAAGUAAUGUCUGUAAAGUCUCUUCCCUGGGCACCCCCCUUGCGCCAACCCAAAUGGCGCUGCUUCCUGUAUUGUAAUGGACUCAUGGACCAUCUGUUUGUGUGCCAGCAUGCCACAGCUUGCAGCACUUGGUACCGCGCACCCACAUACUUCAAUGGAACCUUGGAUGCCUUUGUGAAGAUCACACGCCAUGAGGGGUUAAAAUCGCUUUGGAGUGGCCUCCCCCCAACACUGGUGAUGGCUGUACCAGCAACCAUUAUCUAUUUCACCUGCUACGAUCAGCUGAGGGACUUUCUGUAUUAUGGUGUUGGGUACAGUGGCAGUCACAUUCCUCUCAUCGCUGGAGCCAUUUCUCGAUUGGGCGCAGUGACAGUCAUCAGUCCUCUGGAGCUGAUUCGUACUAAAAUGCAGUCCCGCCAGCUGUCGUACGUCGAGUUAGGAGCCUGUCUGCGAUCUGCUGUAUCUCAGAGCGGCUGGCUGUCGCUGUGGAAAGGAUGGGGCCCUACAGUGCUGCGAGAUGUGCCCUUCUCAGCACUGUACUGGUUUAAUUACGAGCUUGUGAAGAAGCAGCUUGGUAAGUCGUGGGGAGCCGCAGAGAUGCCGUUUCUGAUCAGCUUUACAUCAGGAGCAGUUUCUGGAGCUGUGGCAGCCAUUUUAACUCUGCCGUUUGACGUAGUGAAGACGCACAGACAGAUUGAACUGGGGAACAUGGACAUAGGUUCAUCGAAACAGAAGGGAUCAUCUUCCACAUGGGGAGCCAUGCGCCGAAUCCGUGCAGAGUCUGGAACCCGCGGCCUCUUUGCAGGGUUCAUGCCGCGAGUCAUCAAGGUCGCCCCAGCCUGCGCCAUCAUGAUUAGCUUCUAUGAGUUUGGGAAAAAGUUCUUUGAACAGCAGAACCAGGAAAAGUUUAAGGCCCUGUGAAGUGUAGCUGUAGAAGAACAGAACCAAAUUCUAAUAGGAGCGCGGUGCAAGAGCUCCUAGAAUGAACACCUCCAUGUGUGGGGAGAUGUGUGUCAGACAGCCAGUGGCCUUCCAACUGUUAUAGGGGAUUUCUAGGAAAACCGUAACUAAGCUUUCCAAAUGAGGUAGCCUUCUCCUUCUUAUCCAAAGUAUAGCGCUGCACUGAUUCCUUUUACCUGCAGUACCAGCUGCUGGUGAAAUCUGGUAUUGCAGUCCAGCCAUAACAUGUAUGGGAAUGGCUGUAUUUUGCUGGAAAGCGACACAGCCUUAGUGUUUGCUUUGAUUCGUGGGAGGGGGUGAUGCCUGCAUUCCAUUCAAAUGUAAAGGUGAACCUUGAUCUAAUCAGGGAUUGCAAUUUUCCUUUAAAUCCCCUUAAGUUAUAAGGGCAUGUCUUUACUAUGCUGAACAAUUAGAGGGAAGUUGGUUGCCUUACACUGGUGUACAAUAUUCUUUUAGAGGAUCCACUUAGUUCUGACACCUAAUUCACUUCUCAAGCACUUGAUGUAGCACCCGACUUGAAACCUCCUCAAACAUGAGUAAUCAUGACUGACCACUAGAGGCCACUUUGUGUAAAAGCACAUCAAUAAAAAGACAUCAGGUCUAAGCGCACACAGGCUUGUUAAUU